AUGACUGACUUCGCAGAGAAAAACCGCCAGGUGUUCAACAAACAAGCCGCUGCCUACAAGUCUGACUUCGAAGGAGCGGUGGAAGCGUUGGUCAGCGUCGUCCACGACCAACGCACCUGGGUUAGCGAUACUUGGGUGGACACCGAGGCAGGAAAAGGCAAAGAAAUCAGGGCACUGGAGUAUGCUUGCGGCCCCGGCCAUAUAUCUUUGGUAAAAUUGCACGAAAUCCCAGGCGUCACGAUCAAAGCUAACCUAUCUCAGGCAUUAGCGCCGUUUGUCAGUAGCGUUGUCGGCAUGGAUAUCUCAGAGAACAUGCUUGAAGAGUUCAAGAAGCAUGUCCACGAAGCAGGCCGCUCCGACACUAUGGUCGCAGUCAAGGCCGACCUUGUUUCAGAGUCCUCGCCGACUGAAAUUUCGGGCCCCGAGUACUUUGAUUUCGACUUGGUGGUUGUCAGUAUGGCGCUCCAUCACUUCGAAAACCCGGAGAAAGCCAUGAAUCGUCUCUCUGAAAGGCUAAAGAAAGGCGGAGUGAUGAUGAUCAUAGAUUUGAUUCCUAAUGACCACCAUGAUCAUGAGCAUGAUCACGCCUUACAACAAAUGGGCGAGGUUGUCGAGACGAUAUCUAAGCAUGGUUUCAGCCUGGACGAGAUGCGGACCAUGUACGAAAAUGCCGGGGUAUGCAAAGGAUUCAAGUAUCAAGUUCUUGAGAAGCGCUUGCCGUUCACUAAAAACGGCAAAUCCUUUGAGAAGACGAUUUUCAUUGCUCGAGGGCAGAAGUGA